AUGAUUUAUGACAAAUCAUCUUAUAUUUCUUCCUCUAAAUAUAACAGUCCGAGAUAAGAAAAUAUGGAUAAUUUUUUGUAAAAUUUAGAUUUUAAUAAAAAAGGGACAAUAAUAGUGAUAGGAAUAGUGCGAAUGAUUUAAGGAGGUUUGGGGGCACGAGCAGAUAUAAAAAAAAGCAUAGAGGACAUAGUAGGGUUUUUGAUGAUGAUUAUCUAUAAAAAGAGAAGCGUGUCUUUAAAUAAAGUUUGCAAAAGCUUUACGAAGAGUCUUUUAUAAAAAAUAUCAUAGACAAUUCAUAUAUUAAAAAAAUAGGCACAUUAAGUACGUAUCAAGUAUAGGUACUUGAUGAUCUGCAAUUUGGAACUGAUAAAUAAAUAGAUGAUAUUGACAAUGUCUUUUACAGUUUCUUUUCAAGUUAUUUAGAUAAAAUAUCUGUCAUCUACCCAUAAAGUAAUUUUAAAAUAUUGUGGAAUUCAAUUCAAGUAUCGACAUUCUCUUUAAUAUUUUUAUGGUUACCGUAUAAAUUAGCAUUCGAAACAAAUUACAUUUCUUAAUUUUAUGAUGAUGAAAAAACAAUGUAGAUAGAACUUGCCUUUUUUGUGAUAAGUGCUUUUGAUAUAAUUAUUUGCUUGAAUGAGGCCUACAUCCAUAAAGGAAUUAUUAUCAAGUAAUAAUAACUAUGAAAUAUGUUUAGCUAAAGAUAUCAUAUCAUUAUGAAUUAUCUAAAAACAACUGCAUUACCAGAUAUGAUAAGUAUCUUUGCAUUGCUUUAUGAAUUAAUCAUAGUUCACUAUUAUGAAAAUUAGUUUAUAUCAUUGUAAAUCACUUUGUGUUUGAUAUAUGGAUUGAUCAAAACUAUAAAGAUGAAAUAGAUCUUCAAUCAGAUUUAGGAAUACUUUAACAUAAAGGGCGUAUUGAAGGAUUGCUUACAAAUGACUCAAAUAAUAUGUGGCUUGUUAUACUUCAUUCAUUUGACUGCAUGUUUAUGGCACGGAUUAGGAUAACCGAUAUAUAAGUAAACGUGGUUGGAUAUAAAUCAAUUGAGAGGAGCCAAUGAUAGUGCAAGAUAUGCAGAGUCGUUGCAUUGGGCAGCAGUUUACCUUACUAAUGUAGGAUCCACAGAUAUAAUGAUAGCAAAUAGUGAUGAGAAGUAUUUUGCUGCGGUAAUUUCAUUUUUAUCAUUAUUCAUCAUGGGUAUCAUAAUUGUAGCUUUGGGUUUCUUUUUCCACAAAUCUCAAAGAAACUAAAUUUAUUCAGAAUCAAUGAAUUUGAUGAAUAAUUUUAUGUCAAUGAACAAUAUCGAUUUUAAUUUGUAAGUAAGAAUUAGAAAUUAUUUGGAUUACAUUUGCAAAGUAAAUUAAAUAUUACAAAAAUAGGCAGAAUAAUCGAUGAUUGAUGAAAAUGUUUCGAGCAUUAUUAACAAAUUGUCAGAAAGGUUAUAAGCUGAAUUGAAAUAUCAAUUAAGAGCAUCCAUUUUAGAAUAGUGCGAUUUUAUUAAGAAGAACUUUUCACUUAAAUUUCAAUAAGCUUUGGUUCCAUUCAUGCAAGAGAUAAAUACCAUACCUGAGGAGAGAGUAGUGGAGAUGAAUAGUAUCGAUGAUUGUUCGAUCUAUAUUAUAAACAAGGGAGAAAUGGAAGUAGUAUUUGAAGCCAAAAAUAAGAUGAAUGUUAAAUUCAAGAGAAAUAAUAUCAAAGUCUUAGAAGUAUUUGUUGAGUUUUUUUGAUUUAGAGAAAGGAGAAUAUUUUGGUUUUUAUAGUUUCAUUACAAAUUAACCUAGAACAGCAACUGUUGUUUCCAAGGGGUUUGGCAAACUGUUUAAAAUUACUAGAGAUAAUUUUGUAAAUCUCUUAGACCAGUUCCCUGAUGAACGAGAAAUCUUUUACAUGAUUAAAGAUAAAGUGAUAAUCAAUCAGGAUCUAUCCGAUUUACAAAUCAAGUGUUAUGGUUGUAAAGGCAAUACUCACAUGGUCAAUUAUUGUCCAUUCUUGCAUUUCAAUCCAAAUUAAGAUAGGGUCAUCAAAUAGUCCCUGUAUCCUCAUUAAUAAGAACGAGAUGAUCCCUAUUAGUAUGAAUCUAUUUUAUAUAUUAUGUAGACCAAGAAAGUCCAAAUUUAUCAAUGCUUUGUUGCAAUAACAAAUAAUAGAAUAAAUAGCAAAAGAGUAUCAAACACAACAGUAUUAAGAUGAAACUUAAGAAGGUACCUAAGCAACACAUGUUUUAAUAUAAGAUGAUGUAUCAGACUCAGACAGUAGAUGUAUGGUUCAAUCUUAAAUCUAGCCUACUCUUAGAUGAGAACACGUUCUGUCUCCAGGGUUAACACACAUUCAAUCUUAUCAAUGCAAUAGCAAUCCUCUACUUACAAAAUUGGUCAAGCUCAUAUGGCUUAGUAAAUGGUUUUUCAGUAAGGAAGUCAUCUACCUUAAGUGGAUGAAGUUGAAGUUGAAAUAAUUGAAGAUUAAGAACAAGGGGAAAAUUAAGACGCCAAUAAUAAUUUUGAUGAUUAAAUGAACAAUAGAAAAGAAUUCAAUCGCAAACAUGAUCCUAAAAAUACGGUAGAAACUGCUGGAUUCGGUAAUAAAUUUAAUAAAGCAUCCAAUGCUGAUCAGAACAUUGAAAAUUCAGAGGAAUCUGAGGAGGACGAAGAAGAAUAUGAAGAAGAAUCUAGUAGUCAGCAAUAAUAAUAAAUUGGGAAAUCAGUUUCCAAAGGAUCACAAAGUCCACAAAAUUCAGGGACAAAUCCAAAAAAUCUACAAUAAAUGGCAUAGAAAGUCACCUUCAAUGCAUCGUCAACUUAAUAGCAAACAGCUGGAUCCGCAGCUAACAUCAGACCCAGAACUUCAAUCAAAAGGGGAACUACCAAAACAAACAAUACAGCCAUAGUUUUUGAUAAUGUCUUAGCAGCUUUAUAAGAGAAUUAAUAUUUAACCAUUGAAUUUGUAAAUGAUGCAACAUAUAAAUAGCCUAUCAUUACAUUUCCAUCUGUUGGAGACUUUGAUAAGAUUAUGACUUUUAGAAAGUAUUUCCCACAGCAUAAUAUCUCUACAGUGUUAAAACUAAUUGAAAGAUAUCAAAAACAAGUAGAGCAUUUCCCCAUCUAAUCUCUUUAUUCUUUCCUCUAUACUGCAAUCUUUAGAGGAAAGGAGCUAAGGAAAAAGGCAGAAUUAGCCAAAUAGCAAUAAAAAUAGGUUUUAUAUUAUCCAAAACCUAACAAUAAACCAUAAAAGUAUUUUAUGUAUUAUUUUUGUUUAAAUUUUGUAGGAGAUAGCUAACUAAAAGGUAGGUUUGA